AUGUUAAUAUCGGACAAUGCUACUACAUUUAUUUCCGCAGCUCACGAACUGAGACGACUAAUGAACGACCCCGAAGUUCAAGCAUUGUUAGCGCAUCACCGUACAACGUGGAAGUUUAUCCCGAAACGCGCGCCAUGGGUAGGCGGCUUCUACGAGCGGAUGAUUGGAAUAACCAAAUCAACUUUAAAGAAAGUACUGGGAAAAGCAUGCGUGACGUUUGACGAACUGCAAACUAUAUUAACAGAGGUAGAAUCUGUCAUAAAUGACCGCCCGUUGACGCACAUCGCUAGCCACGCAGACGACUUGGUACCACUUACCCCAUCUCACCUUAUGAUCGGGAGGAAUGUAUACAGUCUACCGUAUGACGCGUCAAACCACCUGAGUGAUCCUAUCUCUCUAACUCAUCAUAAUGUAAAUCUUCGCUUUGAACAUUUGGCAAAACUACAACGCCAAUUUGGGAAAAGGUGGUCAGCCGAGUAUCUCACCGCGCUCCGAGAACGCCACACUCACACCGCCGGAGGUGUGAAAAACAACACUAUAAAAGUGGGCGACAUUGUACUCGUUCAUAGCGAUGUGGAGAAACAAGUGAAUUGGCACAUGGCAAAAGUUACCCGCUUACUACCCGGCAAAGAUGGACUUGUACGUGUCGUCGAAAUCAAGACCAAACUUGGAAAAACAAAUCGUCCCGUUAAUAAGUUGUAUUUAUUGGAGACGAGUCAAGUCGAAGAACAACGGACUAGCGCCAUACAGUCGCCACCAACCGUCCCGGAUGUCAACAACGAAGAGCUGACUGAGGGAAAUCCAACUAUGACGUCACCAGUUACCGGGAAACCCCCGAAUGAGAACGGUGUCCCAGAAGACGCAACUGAGGACAGAGCAGACCAAAUGUCCCCCGCCAAGAAUUCAAACACAACGCAGUCAUCGCGACCACGGAGAGAAGCAUUUGAAGUCGCCAACCUGCGUCUGAUGUACAAUAAUAAAUAA